GACUUCAUAUUUGGUAGGUGGGUAGGUACAUUCAUGUGUGUGCGUAUGUCCUCCAUAUAAUCAAAUCAACAUGGCCUUACUCGCCAUUGGUAAGUGAGUAGGUACGUUCAUGUGCGUACGCAGGGCAGGAACUUGCAAUAAACAUCCAUUCAAGAUCAUUCAAUAUUUGAAAAUCUAUAGACGAAACGUUCUGGCAAUGUGCUGUGCAUAAUACCAUAGUACACUACAGGGUUUGCGCAGGUGCAGUUCGUCCUGCUGAUGCCAUUGAUGAGCGUCAUGCUUCAGUAGACAAUGAAACUCACGUGACAUUGAAUUAUUCAUACCUGCUACCUGAGUCAGGGUCGUCAGAAGCAGCAACAAGUCCGGACCAACGUUGGAGACUUUUUCACAGUUUUUGGUAGACGCGUUCGAAACACGUUAUGGCUGUACAUGUGCACUCGUGGUUGGCAGUUGUGGGGCUUGUGGCGGCGAUCUUUGCACAGACAAACCGCGGACAGGACGUUAGGACAGGACAGUAUUGUGGGAGUUGUGUCAGCGGGCCUCAAGGGUUACCCGGUGUCCCUGGAAACAACGGUCUCCCUGGUAACCCCGGUAGCCCUGGUAACAGUGGCGUCCCUGGUAAUAAUGGCGUCCCUGGCAACAACGGCCGGGACGGUGCCAAGGGAGACCGAGGGGAGCGGGGGCCGCCCGGGGAGAAGGGCAGUGCAGGGGAGACGGGACCUCCAGGCAUGCCGGCCCGAGUGAACCUGAAGCAGUGUGCCUGGAAAAACAUGAACAAUGAUGCGGACUCUGGGAUGAUCGUGGAGUGCGCGUUCAACAAGGUCUCCCCGACAUCCGCCCUUCGUCUGACGUGGAACGGUGUACUCCGGAUCACGGGGUCCUCCGUCGCCUGUGCGCGCUGGUUCUUCACGUUUGACGGAGCUGAGUGCGGGAAUCCCUUCCCCAUCGACGGUAUAAUCUACACGAGCAACGCUAACCUCAUCAUCCAUCGUGUGUCUACAAUUGACGGCCUGUGUUACAACCUGCCGGCUGGGCCUGUGACCGUGGCUCUGAACGUCGGGGCGUGCGCAGACCCACGCGGAACCCCGGACGCCUACACAGGGUGGAACUCCCACUCAAGGAUCAUCAUCGAGGAAGUGAACAUUUCAACCGGAAAUGAAACUGAUAUAGAAACUUGUCUGUUUCUAUUGGUCAGUGAUGUGUUGAAACGACUAUGUCAAACAGAUUCAAAACCUACAAUAGGGGCAAUGAAGUCAAUAUGUUUGUUUAUUAGACCGAUGUCUAUUAGUUUGUACAGACUGAGUUUCCAUACAUACUAUUCUUCCUGGAGUCGUUAUGCACAUUUAACAACAUACUACUAACGUAACAACAUGGUAAGGCUUAACUACAAACUACAUAAACACACACAACAUGCAAAUUGUACCGAGAGGUCAGAGGUCUGUCUGUCUGUGUGUGU